GGUAGGGCAGACAGUAAGCAGAGGUAGGACACGCCAUCAUCAUCGACACCAUCAUCGUUCCAGGGGACCAGGUACCGAAGUUACCGGUAGUGUAGGUACUUAGCGUACCGGUAGCAUCUCUCGAGAUACCUACACAACCCAUUCCUUGGAUUUGUACCCAAACACCAACCCACGCUCUCCUUGACCUGCUUGGAGAGACCGAGAAGGAUAUUCGGCUCACCAACAUAGGAAGUCGGCAGACAGAAUGCAGUCUGGCAUAUCAGGUGAGGAGUCGCUCUGGGCUCUCAGCUCUCUAUCCACUUCGAAGGAGCUCGUCUCCCAGUUCAACAACCUCCUCUCCGACAGUUCGCAAUUCGGCCUCCUCGCCACCAUCUCCUCGGAAGCCAUUACACCGCUGGCCUCCCUACCCCGCUCUGCGUCCGACUUCAAUGCCAAUCUCGAUUCAUUGAGGCCCUACCUCAAACCCGACGAGCCUGUUUACAUCUUUCUUCGACGCUAUGACACUACGCCGUUCCUCGUCGCCGUCACGUACGUCCCUGAUUCCGCCAAGGUGCGGCAGAAGAUGCUCUUUGCUUCGACACGCCUUGCCCUCGUGCGCGAACUCGGGUCUGAACACUUCCGCGAGACUAUCCUUGCCUCGACUGCCGACGAGCUGAGUCCUGCCGGCUUCGACAGACAUGAUAAGCAUACAGUCUUAGAUGCACCCUUGACGGAAGAGGAGCGUACCUUGGGCGAGGUGAAGCGCGUCGAGGCCGAAGCUGGCACAGGCACCGGCGUACGCGAAAUCCACCUCAGCUCGACCAUGAACAUGCCCGUCAAGGCCGAUGCCUUGGCAGCAUUGUCAGAGCUAGGCCGGGGCGAUGGACGCGCUUUGGUAAUGCUGAAAAUUAAUUCCGAAGACGAAUCUAUUGAGCUUGUCCCCGAUGCCUCGAAACCUGUAUCCAUUGUUGAAGCAACACAGGCUAUCUCUACUUCGGAACCUAGGUUUACAUUCUUUCGCUAUCGCUCCUCCCGUGCCGGCGCCGAUGACAAAGGGGUCCUGCUCUUCUUCUAUACUAACCCAGCGACGCCCGGCACCAAGGCUAUCAAGAACCGCAUGAUUUAUCCACUACAGAAGAGGGCCGUACUGACCCUGGCUGAGACAGAAUGUGGAUGUAUUGUGGAGAAGAAGUUUGAAGUCGAGGAUCCCAGCGAGAUUACUGAAGAACUUGUUUUAGAAGAGCUGUUCCCCAAAGUAGAGACGAAGACGGCCUUCAGGAGGCCAAAGAGACCCGGUCGGUGAGCAACAGUCAACAGUUGAUGUGAUUUUGUGGCAAGAUUCAUACCAUUAUUCACUUGGUAAGCGAGCACCGUUGAAAGUAUCU